GGAGAGUAUUUGAAGGCAGCAUGGGACAAGUGAGGAAAAAAGAGGAAGAAAUCCACGUAGCCUAUCUUGCAUCGUAAUAGUCCAGCCGCGCAAUGUCUUCAAUGUGUACGUUUAUGUAAAGAAACGUUUACUGUCAAUUAAGCGGAUAACGGUGUUCAUAUUGGCGGGGUGACGCGGGAUAACCCACAUUGGUCCCGUUUGCUGAAAGGGAGAGGACUAAAAAUGGAGCUGGAAGACGGAGUUGUGUACCAGGACGACCCGGGGACAUCAGCGAUGAUGUCUGAGCGGGUAUCGGGCCUGGCCAACUCCAUCUACCGCGAGUUCGAGCGGCUCAUCGGCAAAUACGACGAGGACGUGGUGAAGGAGCUGAUGCCGCUGGUCGUGGCCGUGCUGGAGAACCUGGACUCGGUGUUCGCCGAGAACCAGGAGCACGAAGUGGAGCUGGAACUGCUGAAGGAGGACAACGAGCAGCUCAUCACCCAGUACGAGCGGGAGAAAGCGCUGAGGAAACACGCAGAGGAGAAGUUCAUCGAGUUUGAGGACACUCAUGAGCAGGAGAAGAAGGACCUGCAGAACCACGUGGACCGAAUGGAGUCCCACUCCCGGCAACUGGAGCUCAAGAUCAAGAACUACGCAGACCAGAUCGGCAGGUUAGAAGAACGAGAGCUGGAGCUCAAGAAGGAAUACAACUCCCUCCAUCAGAGGCACACAGAGAUGAUCCAUAAUUACAUGGAGCAUGUGGAGAGGAUCAAAAUGCAGCAGAUUAGUGAGACUUCAGAGUCAAGCACGGCCGGCCGAGUCAGGAGAGAGCGGCCUCUCUCUUUGGGGAUUUUCCCCUCCUCUGGUGGGGCGUCUCUGCUAAUCCCAGACCCCCAGACCAGAGCGGAGACUCCAGGCACAGAGGGCUGGAGGUUCACCGACCCAGCGCAGCCUCGGUCCAACACUAGCCUCAAGUUGGACUAUGUCGACCCCCCAAAGGAAAGGGAGGGUAAGAGUGCGCAGGACUCUUCUUGGGGGAAUUCACUGGCAGACGACUGCAAGGAUGAGUUGUCGGACUUCACCGGCUCCAAGUCGGCCACACCGAUGUCUACCACUGCCUCUGACAUGGAGAGGGAUGAUGGGAACAGUAAGAGCACAGAGGUGCAGGCUGCACCAGGGACUAGAUCCAUAUCAGUCGGUUUGCCUGAAAACGAGGACAGCUCAGAUGUGCAGGACAUUAUUGAGUCCACCCCUGAACUGGACAUGGAUCUCAUUGGGUACAAGCCCUGCAGUACCCCUACGAAAGGCAUUGAGAACAUGGCAUUUGACCGCAACACAGACUCUCUGUUUGAGGAGUUGUCGUCUGCAGGCACUGGGCUCAUAGGGGAUGUAGAUGAAGGGGCUGACCUGCUGGACCUUAGUUUGAUUGGUAUGGGCCGGGAAGUCGAAAAUCUAAUUCAGGAGAAUUCACAGCUGCUUGAGACAAAGAAUGCUCUGAACGUGGUGAAUAAAGACUUGAUAUUGAAGGUGGACGAGUUGACCUGUGAGAAAGAGAUGUUGCAGGGAGAGCUGGAGGCCGUGCUGCAGGCCAAGACCAAGCUGGAGGACAAGAACAAAGAGCUGGAGGAGGAACUCAAGAAAGUGCGACUGGAAGUGGAGGAAGUGAGACAGAAAACUAAAGAUGAAGAAGAUAGUGAUGUACCCACAGCCCAGAGGAAGCGUUUCACCAGAGUGGAAAUGGCCAGAGUGCUGAUGGAGAGAAACCAGUACAAAGAGAGACUGAUGGAGCUACAGGAGGCUGUGCGGUGGACCGAGAUGAUCAGGGCCUCAAGGGAAAAUCCAACACUCACAGAAAAAAAGAAAUCCAGCAUCUGGCAGUUCUUCAGCAGACUAUUUAGCUCCUCCAGUGCCCCAGCUAUGAAGAAGGUGGAGUCCCAGUCCAAUGUGAAAUACAACGCCCCGGGCAGCCUGGUGAAGAGGAGUAGCACCUUCUCCCAGUUCCCCACAGAAAAGUCCAAGACCUUUGACUUCCUCAAUGAAGAGAAGGACCAGUGCAGUUCUCCCUCACGUAAAGAGCAGAAGAGAGCCCAGUACAGACAGGUCAAGGCCCACAUGCAGAAGGAGGAUGGACGAGUCACCGCGCACGGGUGGAGCCUGCCCAGCAAAUACAAGGUGGCAAAUGGUGGACAGGUGGAGAACAAAAUGAACUUACCUGUACCAGUAUACUUGAGACCUCUGGAUCAGAAAGAUGCUUCUAUGAAGCUGUGGUGUGCUGCAGGGGUCAACCUGUCUGGGGGGAGGAUAGCAGAGCUUACUAAGCAGACGAAGGGUUCUCAGAGUAGCUUGGACCAGUUGGAGCAAGAGAAUAAGGUCAGAGAUCAGGAGAAAGGGGAUCAGGAGAAGGAGAAGGAGCUGAUACAUCAGGACGAGAUGUCCAGCAGGGUGUGGGUGUGCACCAGCACCCACUCCUCCACCAAGGUUAUGGUACUGGAUGCCAGUCAGCCCUCUGACCUGCUCGACAGCUUCUACGCCUGCAACACCCACGUUGUCUGCAUUGCCAGUGUGCCCGGGGUGUUGGAGACUGAUUUUACGGCAGGUGAGGAGGUACCCCAGGACCUGGAGGCUAGCCAAGGUGACGGGGUGUCACUUGCUGGCAGCGUGGCCAGCGUGGGCUCUACAGGCAGCGAUGGUGCAAUGGCAGCAGAAGGGACCACUGCCAUCCCCCAGACAGCCAGCUCAGGUGUCACAGACCAGCCGGCUGAGCACAGCGCCAUCUCUGGCUCAGUUGAGCUGUCCAGAGAGACCAGUCCAGCAGAAGACGGGGUUCCCCCAGCGGAGGAGGCAACGGAAGCAACGGAGGCUAACGCUGGUGUGGGUGAAGACGGAGAGGAGGACCAGGGAACGGAUCAAAACCAGCCAGGAAUCUACACUGAGCACGUGUUCACCGACCCAUUGGGUGUUGGACCCACUGACUCCUCUCCCUCUGACACACAGAGGGGCUCUGGGCAGGAUGGUGUGACUUGCUUGGCAGAACGACUCGACCCGUCAGAGGGGGAAGUCCUGAGGAUGAGCAGCGCCCUCCCCACCAUGUGGCUGGGAGCUCAGAAUGGAUGUCUUUAUGUUCACUCCUCCGUGGCAAGAUGGAGGAAGUGCCUCCACGCCAUCAAGCUGAAAGACUCCAUCCUCAGCAUAGUACACGUUAAAGGCAGAGUCCUCGUAGCAUUGGCCGAUGGGACGUUAGCAAUUUUCCACAGAAGCAUUGUGGAUGGUCAGUGGGACCUAACCAACUACCACCUGUUGGAUCUGGGCCGGCCCCAUCACUCUAUUCGCUGUAUGACCGUAGUCCAUGACAAGGUGUGGUGCGGCUACAGGAACAAGAUCUACGUCAUCCAGCCCAAGGCCAUGAGGAUAGAGAAGUCAUUUGACGCUCAUCCUCGCAAGGAGAGCCAGGUGCGGCAGCUGGCCUGGGUCGGAGACGGUAUCUGGGUGUCCAUCCGACUGGAUUCAACCCUGCGUUUGUUUCACGCCCACACCUACCAGCACCUCCAGGAUGUGGACAUCGAGCCCUACGUCAGCAAGAUGCUUGGUACGGGUAAACUGGGCUUCUCGUUCGUGAGGAUCACAGCCCUCGUGGUGUCCUGCAGCCGUCUGUGGGUGGGGACAGGAAACGGCGUUAUCAUCUCCAUCCCAGCUGUCGGAAGGUAACACUCCUGCACCUUUUCUGGACAGAGAAUCACCAACAAGACGACAGGAAUAGUGCCAAAUCGGCCUGGCAGUGCUGUACGGGUUUACGGUGAUGACAGUUCAGACUGUGCCAUGCCAGGCAGCUUCGUGCCAUACUGCUCCAUGGCCCACGCCCAGCUGUGUUUCCAUGGACAUCGAGAUGCUGUCAAGUUUUUUGUCACCGUGCCAGGACAGGCAGUGCCUCCUCCAGGCAGUGCUGAUUCAGGCUCUGAUGACCCUGCAUCUGAAUCCUCUGACACAGCGACCUCUGAGCCCAAAACAUACCUGGUCAUGAGCGGAGGUGAAGGCUACAUCGACUUCAGGAUGGGCGACGAAGGCGGCGAGCUGGAUGGUUUAUCAGAACCGACAGCCAGCCAGCAGUCAGCACCCACCAAGGCCGAGCGGAGCCACCUCAUCGUCUGGCAGGUCACAACUUCUCAUGAUUGAAAAAAAAAAAAAAAAGUACAGACUGUUGUGUCAACGCCAGGACCACCUUCCAACCCCCGCAUGCCCUCCUCUAAGUUUUUAAUUUGAUAUUACUGAUUGUUCUUAAUGCCUGAGUAGUUGACUACUUUGUAAAAAAAACAAACAAAACAAUUAUUUUUAGUCCAUGUUUUGUACAGUUUAUUCUUUAUGAAUUUGAAAUAGGUAAGGUGAAGUUUAUGUUAACUUAAAGAAAACGUCCAUGAUCCAUGUGUUUCCCCUCUGCUGGGAUGCAUGUCGGAAAAGCAGGUGCACACAGGAAAAAAGGCCAGGUCAGCACAUCUAAAGGUGUGGGCAAAGUUUGAUCAGGUAAUGUACGUAUGCACGUCGUUUGUCUCACAAAUGUUAAAAAGGGUUUGGAUGUGACAGACAAAAGGGAAAAGCACUUGAAUGGUUUUUGCAGUCAUUAAGAAGGGAGCAGCAAGUUUUGAUUGAUUUGAACUAAAGAAUAUUUUAUAUUACACGCGUAAGACUUUUACAUUUGUUAAACCACAUGUCUUCUGUCACUGAUAUCCUUCCUGUGUUUAGCAUUUUUAUUAUCUUUACCGCUAGGGCUGGGUGUCAAAGUUUAGAUCCCUGCAAGUCAAAAAGCAUACAAAAUAUUAAAAGUUCAGUUGUUCUGAGGUUGAUUAGCAGCUUGCACGUACACAUGGUCCUCAAAAAACAUUUACUCAUACUUAAAUGUGCUUUGAUUGAGCAAAAGUUGUAGGCCAAAAUAUUAACUGAGAGGUUGUAAUACUAUCGAGUGACACCGAGCCCUGUUUGCCGCAAGAUUAUGUUUUAUGAUUAUGAAUAAUGUCUAAGCAGUUUGGGUACUUUAAGGUUCCUGUGAAUAGAAGACCCCGCUUACUGUACUCUAGGUUAGCAUUAGCCUGCAUGGGGAAAUCAUGUAUCCUCGUCUGAACAAGCGCGCGCACGCGUGUGUGUGUAUGUGCCUGCUCGCCUGUUUUAAAGCUAAAACCCUUGUUUGUCGUGUGAGGAGAAACCUGCCAUCAGCCACCAGCUUUGGUGCUUCCUGUUUGCUUCAGCUCAUUGGCACUUUAAAAAUGUUAGAUGUUACUCGCUCCAGGUUUUGGAAAGAACACCCAUGGAAACGUACACUACACAACUGUGCGCUAAUUGUGUGAAGGGAACAAAAUGUACACAUAUUUGUAGCGAGGUGGCAACUCAGUAACCAAAGGACGAAAAGAAGAAGCACCGUGAAACUGGACUAUUACAUUUUCUUUUCAUCUUCCAACUUUAAAAGUCUUAUGAGUCUAAUAAUAUGAAGGUUAUACAUGUAUAUCUUAUUGGGAAAUAAGCUUGAAUUAAGGGAAUCUGACUAAAAAUAACAAUUUUGUGUGGCACCUUCUAAUGAACAUGCACACAGCACUAAAGAGAGUCUCUCCUUAUUGCCUCAUCAUUCCUUGUUUUGUUGUUACAAAUACAUUUGGAGGCCUGGAAGGCAAAUAUUAUCAUUAUUUUUUGUUGCUUUGGGCAUUGUGCGUGUUUUGUAUUCAUCCAUGAGACACUUUUUAUUAAGUAAAGAGUAUUUUGUUGGUGACUGUAACAUGGUAGAAGGAUACCAAUAUGAAGCAGGUGUUUUAAUUUGUUUUUAUAUCUGAAAAGUCGGGCCAGGAUUGGUCCUCAAGUCCAUUUCAAAUUAAUAACUUUAUAUUGUGUUUUUGCCAUUCCAGUAUUUAUUUCCUUUGUUAUCGAGCCUAUCUUGGUUCAGAAUGUAACUUUCUACAUGAGCAAAAUAUAAAAGGAGGCUAUUGUAAACAAAAUAGUCCAAUGCGUUUACAUGAUUGUUAAUAAUGAUGAAAUAAAAGAAAUCAAUGUAAUCAUGAUGGAAAUUUUUCACAAAGCGUAAGAUCAAAGUGUGCAAACAAUAACUUGGUGGUUUUCAAACAGACACAUUCAUGUACUAAGCUAUGCAUGUUUUUUUAAGAGAACACUGCUAUGUUAUCAACUAGAUCUCUGUUUAUUGCCACCGUUUUGGGUGGGGUGGAUGUCUAUAGUGUGUGUGUGUGUGUGUGUGUGUUUGUGUGUACAGUACGUGUAGAGGAGGAGGAGGAGGAGGAGCAGGAGGCGAGGCAUAUUUGUCGGUGUAUGUUUGAUUUUGCAAAUGUGCGGUGUAUGUGUGCUCACUGUAUGUCCAUCUGUAAAUCCCCCGGAGACUGGUCACAUUACACCCCUGUUGUACCGGGCUUCACUCUGGACACCGUGACGGUGGUUCCUCUGGUCAGUGUUUGCUAAAACAGCAUCAUAGCCUUAUUUUUAACAAUCUAUUAAAUCAGUUUCAUGGAGAA